UGGUUGAUGCACAUCGACACCAGGACUGAGGAGGGACAAUGAGCAGCUUGUUCUCUCCCAGUGUUUCCUCGACACAUGAAGGAGGAAAGUGUCUGUAAAGUGACCUGAAGAGACUUCAGCAGCAGGUGAGGACUCUGCUAUGAGUCAGUGUGAGGACAGAGAGGAGGGAGCCCCUCCCUCUAAAACCACUCUGUGUGGGGACCAUGACAACCAGACCAAAGCUCAGAGGAUGCAGCAGCAGAAACCUGAACCUGAACCCAGCUGUGUGUCCAUGAAGAGUGACUGGUCUAUGGGUCGUCUUAUUCAGUUUAAAGAUGGACAAGCUGUUGAUGAAAGGAUGCAGCAGCAGAAAUCUGGACCUGAACCCAGCUGUGUGUCCAUGAAGAGUGACCGGUCUAUGGAUCGUCCUAUUUACUUUAAAGAUGGACAAGCUGUUGAUGAAAGGAUGCAGCAGCAGAAACCAGGACCUGAACCCAGCUGUGUUUCCAUCAAGAGUGACCAGUCUAUGGGUUGUCCUAUUAAAUUUAAAGAGGGACAAGCUGUUGAUGAAAGUCUGCAGCAAAGACCUGGACCAGGACCUGAACCCAGCUGUGUGUCCAUGAAGAGUGACUGGUCUAUGGAUCGUCCUAUUAACUUUAAAGAUGGACAAGCUGCUGAUGGAAGGAUGCAGCAACAGAAACCAGGACCUGAACCCAGCUGUGUGUCCAUGAAGAGUGACUGGUCCAUGGAUUGUCCUAUUAAAUUUAAAGAUGGACAAGCUGUUGAUGAAAGUCUGCAGCAAAGACCUGAACCAGGACCUGAACCUAGCUGUGUGUCCAUGAAGAGUGACUGGUCUAUGGGUCAUCCUAUUCACCUUAAAUUUGGACAAGCUGCUGAUGGAAGGAUGCAGGAGCAGAAACCUGGACCUGAACCCAGCUGUGUGUCCAUGAAGAGUGACCGGUCUAUGGGUCGUCCUAUUAACUUUAAAGAUGGACAAGCUGUUGAUGAAAGUCUGCAGCUAAGACCUGAACCUGAACCUGGACCUGAACCCAGCUGUGUGUCCAUGAAGAGUGACCGGUCUAUGGGUCGUCCUAUUAACUUUAAAGAUGGACAAGCUGUUGAUGAAAGGAUGCAGGAGCAGAAACCUGGACCUGAACCCAGUUGUGUGUCCAUGAAGAGUGACCGGUCUAUGGGUCGUCCUAUUAACUUUAAAGAUGGACCAGCUGUUGAUGAAAGUCUGCAGCUAAGACCUGAACCUGAACCAGGAGCUGAACCCAGCUGUGUGUUCAUGAAGAGUGACCGGUCUAUGGGUCGUCCUAUUAACUUUAAAGUUGGACAAGCUGUUGAUGAAAGUCUGCAGCAAAGACCUGGACCAGGACCUGAACCCAGCUGUGUGUCCAUGAAGAGUGACCGGUCUAUGGAUCGUCCUAUUAACUUUAAAGAUGGACAAGCUGCUGAUGGAAGGAUGCAGCAACAGAAACCAGGACCUGAACCCAGCUGUGUGUCCAUGAAGAGUGACUGGUCCAUGGAUUGUCCUAUUAAAUUUAAAGAUGGACAAGCUGUUGAUGAAAGUCUGCAGCAAAGACCUGAACCAGGACCUGAACCCAGCUGUGUGUCCAUGAAGAGUGACCGGUCUAUGGAUCGUCCUAUUAACUUUAAAGAUGGACAAGCUGCUGAUGGAAGAGUUCAACAGGAGAGUUCAGAGUGCCUCGAUGGUCAGUCUGCCCAGCUGCAUCAAACAGACUUGGACUCCAUAUUUAUGCUGCUGGAGGAGAACAUUGUCACCUUUGUGAAGACCGAGCUGAAGAAGAUCCAGAAGUUUCUGAAUCCAGAUUACCCAGAAUUCUUAGAGAGUCAGAAGAAGGCUGAGGAUGUGUUGGACGGUGAGGAUGGAGAGCAGAGUAGGAGCAGCAGAGAUGCAUUUCUGAAGAUUACACUGCACUUCCUGAGGAGAAUGGAGCAGGAGGUGCUGGCUGACUGUCUGCAGAACAGAACCCGUGUUGCAGUAUCCCGCCCCAAAUUCAAGUCCAACCUGGAGAAGAAGUUUCAGUGUGUGUUUGAGGGGAUUGCUAAAGCAGGAAACCCAACCGUUCUAAAUCAGAUGUUCACAGAGAUCUACCUCACAGAUGGAGGGACUUUAAAGGUCAAUGAAGAACAUGAGGUCAGACAGAUUGAAAUAGCAUCUAGGAAAUCAGACAGACCAGAAACAAUAAUCAAAUGUGAAGACAUCUUUAAAACCCCACCUGGAAGAGAUGAACCAAUCAGAACCGUGAUGACAAAGGGAGUGGCUGGCAUCGGGAAAACAGUCUUAACACAGAAGUUCACUCUGGACUGGGCUGAAGGCAAGGCCAACCAGGACAUCCAGUUCACAUUUCCAUUCACUUUCAGAGAGCUGAAUGUGCUGAAAGAGAAAAAGUACAGCUUGGUGGAACUUGUUGAUCACUUCUUCAGUGAAACCAAAGAAGCAGGAAUCUGCAGCUUUGAAGAGUUCCAGGUUGUGUUCAUCUUUGAUGGCCUGGAUGAGUGCCGACUUCCUCUGGACUUCCACAACACUGAGAUCCUGACUGAUGUUACAGAGUCCACCUCAGUGGGUGUGCUGCUGACAAACCUCAUCAGGGGGAAACUACUUCCCUCAGCUCACCUCUGGAUAACUACACGACCUGCAGCAGCCAAUCAGAUCCCUCCUGAGUUUGUUGACAUAGUGACAGAGAUCAGAGGGUUCACUGACCCACAGAAGAAGGAGUACUUCAGGAAGAGAUUCACAGAUGAGGAUCAGGCCAGCCAAAUCUACUCCUACAUUAGGAAAUCUCGAAGUCUUCACAUCAUGUGCCACAUCCCAGUCUUCUGCUGGAUCACUGCUAGAGUUCUGGAGAAGGUGUUGAAGACCAGAGGGGGAGGAGAGCUGCCCAAGACCCUGACUGAGAUGUACAUCCACUUCCUGGUGGUUCAGUCCAAACUGAAGAACGUCAAAUAUCAUGGAAAGUCUGAGAUAGAUCAACACUGGAGUCCAGAGACCAGGAAGAUGAUUGAGUCUCUGGGAAAACUGGCUUUUGAGCAGCUGCAGAAAGGCAACCUGAUCUUCUAUGAAUCAGACCUAACAGAGUGUGACAUCGAUAUCAGAGAAGCCUCAGUGUACUCAGGAGUGCUCACACAGAUCUUUAAAGAGGAGAGUGGACUGUACCAGGACAAGGUGUUCUGCUUCGUCCAUCUGAGUGUUCAGGAGUUCCUGGCUGCUCUUCAAGUCCAUUUGACAUUCAUCAACUCUGGAGUCAACCUGCUGGCAGAAGAACAAUCAACAUCCCAGAAGACUGAAACCAGAGAAGAUGGAUCUUCACAGAUCUACCAGAGUGCUGUGGACAAGGCCUUACAGAGUCCAAAUGGACACCUGGACUUGUUCCUCCGCUUCCUCCUGGGUCUUUCACUAGAGACCAAUCAGACUCUCCUACAAGGUCUGAUGACACAGACAGUAAGUAGCUCACAGACCAAUCAGAAAACAGUUGAGUACAUCAAGACGAAGAUCAGUGAGGAUCUGUCUGCAGAGAGAAGCAUCAAUCUGUUCCACUGUCUGAAUGAACUGAAUGAUCAUUCUCUGGUGGAGGACAUCCAACAGUCCCUGAGUUCAGGAAGUCUCUCCACAGAUAAACUGUCUCCUGCUCAGUGGUCAGCUUUGGUCUUCAUCUUACUUUCAUCAGAAAAAGAUCUGGACGUGUUUGACCUAAAGAAAUACUCUGCUUCAGAGGAGGCACUUCUGAGGCUUCUGCCAGUGGUCAAAGCCUCCAACAAAGCUAUGUUAAGUGCUUGUAACUUGUCAGAGAGAAGCUGUGAAGCUCUGUCCUCAGUUCUCAGCUCCCAGUCCUCUAGUCUGAGAGAGCUGGACCUGAGUAACAAUGACCUGCAGGAUUCAGGAGUGAAGCUGAUGUCUCCUGGACUGAGGAGCCCACACUGCAGACUGGAAACUCUCAGUCUCUCAGGCUGUCUGAUCUCAGAGGAAGGCUGUACUUCUCUGGCCUCCGCUCUGAGCUCUAACCCCUCCCAUCUGAGAGAGCUGGACCUGAGCUACAAUCAUCCAGGAAACUCAAGAGUGAAGCUGCUAUCAGAUGGACUUAAGGAUCCAAACUGGAGACUGGACACUCUCAGGGUGGACCAUGGUGGACCGCAGAGACUGAGACCUGGUCUGAGGAAGUAUGUCUGUGAACUGGAACUGGACACAAACACAGUAAACACAUACCUCAAACUGUCUGACAACAACAGGAAGGUGACACGUGUCAAGCAGUAUCAGUCAUAUCCUCGUCAUCCAGACAGAUUUGACUACUGGCCUCAGCUGCUGUGUAGAAAUGUUCUGACUGGUCGCUGUUACUGGGAGGUCGAGAGGAGAGGAGAGGGUUAUAUAUCAGUGAGUUACAGAGGAAUCAGCAGGAAAGGAGAGAGUGAAGAUGGUGUGUUUGGAUGUAAUGAUCAGUCCUGGAGUCUGAACUGCUCUGAUGAAGAUGGUUACUCUGUCAGGCACAAUAAUAGAACAACAUCCAUCAUCUCCUCCUCCUCUUCUAACAGAGUAGGAGUGUAUGUAGACAUUCCUGCUGGCUCUCUGUCCUUCUACAGAGUCUCCUCUGACUCACGGAUCCACCUCUACACCUUCAACACCACAUUCACUCAACCUCUUUAUCCUGGGUUUGGGUUCUGGUCUGGUUCCUCGAUGUCUCUGCUGCCAGUGGAGGAGUGAGAGUCU